CGGGCGUGCCAUAUAGAGCUAGUAAUUGGGAUGACCCAGAAAAAUUAUUGGCGUCGCGACUCGGGCCUGCAUCGCAGCUCUGGGCCCCAAAAAAGAUCACACCAGACCUUCGCAGCUCCGGCCAUACCCAAUUCCUCCGUCCCCCUCGGUCGCUGCUCCGAAUCCGGCAAUGGCGGGCCUCCGUGAGGUGUCCAGAUCGGCGCACAGCCUGUCGCUCUCCCAAAUACUGCGACUGGGCCAAUCAUGUUGGGCGUGCCAGCGACGGAGCUCGUCGACCGAGACCAAGCCUGACCAAGCCGCCCUCGGUGUCGUGACCCACUCGUCCUUCGACAUCCCCCAGCUCACCCCCGAGCAAAAGGCCACCUUCAGGCCAUGGAAGCGUGCCGCAGACAGGAAGUUUAACCUUCCCAGCAGCAGAUACCAGUACCAUCCCCCCAAGUACAACCGCGGCCCAUUGCACCCUAUCCAGUCUCCGAUGUCGUCGGACCCCAUCGCCCGAGACUUCGUGCCGGGCCCCUUCAACUUGCCAAGGCUGAAGCAGACGUACCAGUCAACCGUCGCUCCGGACCUGAUGACGCUCGCGUACAACCACGUGCCGCCCGGAACCAAGAACAAGGAGCCGCCGGCCGACCGGCUGCGCGGCUGGGACGGGUCGUCGCCAUACCACGAGAACCGUCAGAAGCGCGGACCCCGCGGGGCUCCCGUGUUGCCCAUCCGCGAGCGCAACAUCACCUUUCGCAACAUCCCCGAGAUCAAGGAGAUCACCGUCUCGGCCUACGUGCCCGAGGCGCUCAAAAACGACGACCACCUGGUCGUUGCCCGCACUGUGGUACUCAACCUCACGGGCGCCAUGCCCGAGAUCACAAGGACACGAAAGAGCGUCGUCCAGUGGGGCAUCGUAAGUGGCAGGCCCGCCGGCGUCAAGGCCACCAUCUACGGCAACGCUGCCUACGAGUUCCUCGACAGGUGCACCCAGCUUGUUUUCCCGCGAAUCAAGGACUGGAAGGGCAUCAAGGCCACCACGGGAGACAGCUCUGGCAACCUGUCUUGGGGCCUCAACCCCGAAGACGUCGCCCUGUUCCCGGAAGUGGAAGCGUCCUACUCUGUAUUCCCAGCAAAGAUGAUCCCCGGCGUCAAGAUCUUUGUAAAGACAACAGCAACUUCCGACAGGCAGGCAAGGUUACUGCUGCAGGCUAUGGGCAUUCCGUUUUACGGAGAGAUUCGGAACUGAGGAGGACGGGCAGAGAGAUAGACUCUGCGUGUCUGAUUCUUUAAAUGUAUAAUACAAGAC